CGCGCAUCUCCAUUUCCAGGUGUAGAUUCAAAAAGCCAGCGCACAUCACAUGAAUGGGCGACACUCGAAACCAAAAGGCUCGUAGUCAACGUGCAUUUAAAUCUGAACAACAGAAGUUAAGGCAUUCACCUUACGAGAAGGCUGCCUGCGGGCAAGGCGUCGACGUCCAACGUGUAGCGUCCAGACCGGAGAAUGGCAACGGCCAGCAGUCCUAUGCAAUGACCUUUACUAAAGCCACAUAUCUAAAGUACACGGGCUAUAAAGGAGAGCGGGUAGUGCAGGAGUUUGACUUUGCUUCACGAAUUGUUAUGGUGGGCUCUGGUAGCUCUAAGCACGAGCUUCGAAAGCUGGGUCAAAUAUUGAAUCUUGUCAACACGGAGCUAUCGUCACCUGCUAUUACAGCCGAGCAUCUGAUGUACUGCAAGUCUUUUUUGUACAUUGGAGACAAAAAGCAGGUCCUAGGCUGCUUAGUUGCAGAACCUAUUGAAUUCGCAUUUGAAGUAGCUCCCUCGAGAUCCAAACCGAACACCUCGGCUGUAUUUUGCAGCCCUGAGAAAGUACCGGCUUUAUGUGGCAUAUCUCGCAUAUGGGUGCAUCCUUGUCAUCGCGGAAAAGGCAUUGCUACCCGGCUGUUAAAUUCUGCAUGCAAGCAUUUUAUCUACGGGCAUUCACUCGACCCAUCAUCCAUCGCAUUUUCUCAACCUACAGGUGAUGGCAAAAAUCUAGCCAUACACUACACGCAGACCUCCAAGUUUUUAAUAUACCCCGAUGACGCAGUGAAGAUUUCCCAUGUAUUGUAAAGCAGUUGUAAAAAAAAAAGCCAUCUUUGUAUAUUCCAUGCUCAAAUUGUAGCUAAUGAAAAGAACACAAUACAUAUCUUGAACAUAAAGAGUGAGAAAACGAUAACGGAUGUUGUGAGUACAUUGAGGAAGGUGUGACAAAGUUUGAAAUGACAAAACACGAAUCGUGCAAGAUUAGACAGCUUUUGUUACAAAUGACGAGUAUUAUAAGGACUGGUUGUUUUGCAGGGAUUGAGAACCAAAGAAAUUGAUCAUUCUGGUAUCUGGGCCACUGCUUCCUUUGCUUCCUCCCACGAUGCAAGAUUCUGUGAAGCCAAAAGGCCUAAAUUAACACGAGC